AAUAGACGCGAUGAUGUUUGGAGUAACAAUAAUCCUUCUACUGUUUGCUUCAAAUCUUCCUGAUUUUGCUCAAGGUGUAUGGCGUGACCUAACGGCUGGUAAUGGAAUCUGGAAAGAUACUGGCAACUCGUGGAGUUUCAGUAUGCCGUUAAAUGAUGCCAAAUGGCACUACGGCCCUGCACGAAUUUGGACGACACCUGUUAAUUCGGACUACUAUGAAAUAACAAGCAAAAUAUUGACAUCUCGUUCAGCAAAAUAUGAUUGUGGACACUGUAGUGUCUUUGCAUUACAUUAUAGUUUCAUUUGGUAUUCCUGUGUAAUAUUGGGUUACCUGUGUAAUAUGCAAAUUUGGUUUGUGUGUGUAUUAAACAUGGCGACCAGAGAGAAACACUCGUAG